UUAAAGAUCAAAUUUUUUUAGGGAAUCCUUUUCCAUAAAUAAGAUCAGAGAGAAAUUUAUAGGGGAAUUGGCGUAGGCGUUAAAGAUUGGGGAAGCUGGCGUUGAAUGAAAAAUAGUAACAUUUAUUUGAUUGAUUCUAAAAACGUAGGCUGGUGAAUGAGGAGCAUCUUGGGUCUGUUAAUAGUAUAUAUAUAUAGCUAGAAGACAGAAUAGAAUGGGAUCACUGGAAGACGAAAUUCGCGGGAAGAUCGGAGACAUGCAACGGCCAUUUGCAUCCUCCGAAGAAGACCGCAUCCAAACUCUGAGAUUUUGAAUUAAAGGUGCCGCCGGGAUGGAACAGUUCCGGCAUAUAGGAGAGGUGGUUGGGAGUCUGAAAGCGCUUAUGGUUUUGCGCGAUGAAAUCCAAAUAAACCAACGACAAUGCUGUUUGAUCCUGGACAUCUUCGGUUUGGCGAUGGAGACGAUCGCGGAGGAGAUAAGGCAGAACCUGAAGCUGGAGGAGCGUAACACGAAAUGGAAGGCUCUGGAAUUUCCGCUGCGUGAGCUAUGCAGGGUUUUGAAGGAGGGAGAGCUUUACAUAAGGCAGUGUUUGGAUUCCAAGGACUGGUUGGGGAAAGCCCUCACCCUUUCUCACAACAGAGAAUGCGUCGAAUUCCACAUCCACAAUCUUCUCUGUUAUUUCCCCGCCGUCAUCGAGGCCAUUGAGAACGCUGGACUGGUGUCAGGCUCGGAUCCGGACGAGAAGGAGAAGAAGAAAGUGAUGCUGGCUCGGAAAUACGACUUGGAAUGGAACGACCCCAAGCUGUUCCAGUGGAGGUUCGGGAAACAGUAUUUGGUCCCCCGCGAUAUUUGCAAGCAAUUGGAACACGCGUGGAGGGAGGACAGGUGGAGUCUCGUGGAAGCAAUCAAGGACAAGAAGAAGAAGAAGAAGAAGAAGAGCGAGCAGCGCCUAGCGGAUAUGUUGUUGAAGAAACUUCUUAAUGGGUCAGAGAUUGUCCCAAUUGAGGUUCUUAUUGGGUCGAAUGAUUACCAAGUUAGACGCAGGUUGGGUCGCGGUGGUAAGGAGUUUAAGGAAAUCCAAUGGCUCGGACAGUGCUUCGCGUUGAGACACUUUCAGGGUGAGAGACAAGCGCACGAGGCCGAGGUUUCCACUCUGCUCUCAUUAUCUCACCCCAACAUAUUGCAAUACCUCUGCGGGUUUUACGACGAGGAGAAAAAGGAGUAUUCCCUUGUGAUGGAGUUGAUGAACAAGGAUUUGUGGACUUACAUGAAGGAUAAUUGUGGUCCCAGGAGACAGAUUCUCUUCUCUGUCCCCGUUGUGGUGGACCUCAUGCUUCAGAUGGCCAGAGGCAUGGAGUACUUACAUUCCAAAAAGAUUUUUCACGGACACCUUAACCCUUGUAAUAUUUUGCUCAAGCCAAGGAACUCCCAAGAGGGUUAUUUUCAAGCAAAGGUUUCAGGGUUUGGCUUGUCUUCUGUGAACAAUAUUAACAUUAACAGUGAUGCUCAUGAGGACCACGACCCUUUAACUUGGUUUGCUCCCGAAGUUCUGACGGAGUUAGAACAAACGCCAGAUGCUUAUGCUAAUUCUACUUGUACCUCGGAGAAAGCUGAUGCUUAUAGCUUUGGGAUGAUAUGCUUUGAGUUGUUGACAGGGAAAGUGCCUUUUGAAGAUAACCAUCUUCGAGGAGCCAGAACCAGCCAAAACAUUAAAGCGGGUGAAAGGCCUUUGUUUCCUUACCGUUCCCCAAAAUACCUUGUGAGUUUGAUCAAAAAGUGUUGGCAAACAGACCCUGCUCAGCGUCCUACAUUCUCCUCCAUUUGUAGGAUUUUGCGUUACACGAAAAAGUUCCUUGCCAUGAACACGGAGUCCCAUAUCAUGAACCCAGAACUCAACAACCAGAUUGAGCUUCAGGCCCCUCCUGUGGACUGCUGCGACAUAGAAACGACGUUCCUAAAGGGCUUUUCAAUGGAGAGGACGACAUCUGGUGUGUUCGCUGUGUCGCAGAUACCCUACGAAAUGUUUGCUUAUAAAGUUGCCGAGAAAUUGAAAAUCAAUCCCAACAACAGCAGUAAGUGCUGCGAGCACCAAAAGGAGGAGCCCUCUUCGUGUAGGAGUGAAAGUGAUGAGCAAAGUGAUAACGCAUCCACUGUGGAAGAUCCGUUCCCACUACUAACCUCUCCGACAUCAGUUUGCGGUGACGCACGGUCUGUUUGCUCGGAAGCCCCGUUCAGGAAAACUGUUAGAAUGAAGAAACCAACACCCGUAAAGGCCAACAAAGAACAAGGAACUCCAAAAUUGUUAGUGACAAAGUCAUUACCAUCAUCUUUAUCUAAUCGAGUUUUAAGGACUACAAAGGUGAAUCAGUCGUCAUUGGCACCAAGCACUUUGAGCCCUGCAGCUGCAGAUAGAAGACGACCUCCCGUAGUCUCUGACAAAGGGAAUCAAUCACCACUAGUUUCGAGCUCAGUCAGGAGAAAAAAAUAUGACGGAAGCUUGUCGGAUUCUAAGGGCAGUUUAAGGCUGGAAAAAAGGGAUCAGCCACCAUUAGCAUUACAAGGUAGUUCAAAGAUGAAAAAGUCACAACUGAAGUUGAACCCUUCUUUGAGCCCAAGAAGACUACGACGUUCCAACACUGAGACCAAUUUGAAGGGGCUCACGCCGACCCAUACGUUAUGCUCUCAGAGAAUAUGCACAAACAGAAGUCGUAGUUAUCAUGUCUCAGAUUUGGAUAACGGUUUAAAGAUGACAAAAGGUAGGUUGUCAUCGUUGGCAUUAAGCCCCUAUAUGAGAAGAAAGAAAACAAGCGGCCAUGUCUCUGACUCCGAGAGCAGUUUUGUGAAGAAAAGAGGAAGUCUUUCACCAUUCGCAUUGAGCCCUUUGAGUCCUUAUGUGAGGACAACCUGUGGCCAUGUCUCGGAUUAAUUAAUUAAGGCCCUUUUGACUUUCAGUGCCUAUGGAAGAUUUUCAGAUUAUUUAAUCAGUCGUCACCUUUGCCUCUUAGCACAGUUAUAGUCCUUAGACUAUUUUGCACCAUGCAGAUUUUCCCAACAUUUGUUUACUCUUUUGCUUAACACAGACAUGUCUUAAGAUAAGUGGAAAACACAAAGAUGUAGCUUUUUAACGGAAGGUUAGAAGCAUAGUUUCAUGCUUGGUUGUAUUAUUUGCAGUCUCUCGGAGAUUUCCUUGUGUUUUUAGGAGUAUGGUUUUUAGGAACUGAUGAAUUUCAGUGAAUAUAUUCAUGUCAUAAAUUAUUGGA